UCCCUUGAUUCCGCUAUCCAUAAGAAAAUGUAUGUCUGGAUCACGCAGACCAUCGCCUUUGCAUCCUUCGUCCUGUCUUGGGCUGAAAUCAUCGAAAGCUACGGAGAGAUCUGUGAAAACCUUUGCUCUUGCGAGGAGAAAGACGAAAUACUGGUCGUGGGUUGUGAAAACAGCGAGAUUAUCAGCCUUCUUCAGAUCAGCCCGCCGCGAUUCUCCGUCUAUCAUCUCUUUCUCACCGGGAAUCUGCUCCACCGAUUGUACUCGAACGAGUUUAUUAAUUUUACUGGGGUUUCUAUUCUCCAUCUGGGCGGUAAUGAAAUCCAGGACAUCGAACCGGGCGCUUUCAACGGGCUGCGAACGACCAGGAGGCUGCACCUUAACAAUAAUAAAUUGGAAGGGAUUCGAGAUGACACUUUUUUUGGACUGGAAAAUUUGGAAUACCUCCAGCUAGAUUAUAACUACAUCAGCUCGAUCGAAGCCGGUUCCUUUAGUAAACUGCACAUGCUGCAAGUCCUGAUCCUGAACGACAAUCUCCUCAGCAGUUUACCCAGCAACGUCUUCAAAUAUGUUCCUCUCACGCACCUCGACUUGCGGGGUAACAGGCUCAAGAUGUUACCGUAUGCGGGGCUUUUGGAGCAUAUGGACAGGGUGGUAGAGUUGCAGUUGGAGGAAAACCCCUGGAACUGCACUUGUGAGCUCAUCGCCCUGAAGGCUUGGCUGGAGAGCAUUUCCUACACGGCCUUGGUCGGGGAGGUUGUUUGUGAGACGCCUUUCCGACUCCACGGCAGAGACCUAGAUGAGGUCGCCAAGCAGGAGCUCUGCCCCAGGAGGGUGAACGUGGACUCGGAGAGGAAACCCGUGCCCCCUUUGACUACCCACGGCUAUUUCUACACCACCCCAGCGCCAGCAACGUCGUUCAUCACUUCAUCGCCUGUAUCAAAGUUCCCAGCGAGGACCCCUAAAGGCACUCGCCUCCCCAAAGUACCACGUGUUCGCACCACCUCCAAGGGACCCUCCCUAAAAGAAGGAUACAACUAUGGACCCAUUUUCGCCUAUCAGACCAAGCCUCCCGUGCCUUUAGUGUGCCCUCGCCAAUGCACGUGUAACAUGCAAAUCUCCGAUUUAGGUCUUAACGUAAAUUGUCAGGAAAGAAAGAUCGAAAGAAUAUCCGAGCUGGAGCCAAAGCCCUACAACCCUAAAAAAAUGUACCUCACAGGGAAUUACAUCCUGACCGUGCGACGCUCUGAUUUCUUUGAGUCGCCCGGAUUAGAUUUAUUACACCUUGGUAACAAUAGAAUAACAGUGGUUCAGGACCGGGCUUUUAUGAACCUGACACACUUGCGCCGACUUUAUCUCAAUGGCAAUUGCAUCGAAAGACUCACUUCAGAAAUAUUUUACGGGCUGCGAAGUUUGCAGUUCCUCUACCUAGAGUACAAUGCCAUCAAGGAGAUAGUGCACGAUACUUUCCGGCCGGUCCCCAGUUUGCAGCUCCUCUUUAUAAAUAACAAUCUGCUAAAGGUUUUCCCCGUGGAUAUCUUUCUUGGCUUGAAUUUGACCAGGCUCAGUUUGCGGAGUAAUCGUUUCACCUCCCUGCCUGUGGUUGGAGUCCUCGAGCAACUGAAAUCCUUAAUACAGAUCGAGUUAUAUGAAAAUCCUUGGGAUUGUACGUGUGAUAUUGUGGGCAUGAAGCUUUGGCUAGAAAAGCUUAAUUCCGGGACUCUUAUAAACGAAGUAAUCUGUGAAUCGCCCAAAAGAUUCGCAGGAAAAGACCUGCGAGCGAUUAAAUCGGAUUUAAUCUGCCCUGAUUACUCAGAUAUAGUGGUGUCGACCACCAGCCCCACCGUUACCCAGUCCACGGAGGCACCCACUACCGCAGCCACCCCACUCCAAUACAUCAAGGAUACUGGUUCUGUGCCGCUCUCUGUCCUUAUCCUGAGUUUGCUUCUGGUUUUCAUUACAUCCGUGUUCGUUGCCGCUGGUCUCUUCGUGCUGGUAAUGAAACGUCGGAAAAAGGCCCAGAGUGAUCGGGCCAGCACUAACAACUCGGACGUGAGCUCUUUCAACCUUCAGUACAGUGUCUACAGUCACAGGUCGGCUCCCAAGGUCAAGGGUCCAGCGAGUCAGGUGUAUGAAUACAUUCCCCAGCCUCUGGGACACAUGUGCAAGAACCCCAUCUACAGAUCCAGAGAAGGCAAUUCAGUAGACGACUACAGGGAUUUACAUGAGCUGAAAAUCGCCUACAGAAGCCAAGCAGAGGAGGAAAGAGAAAACCAGCUGAGAAGCCCCACGUACAGCAUCAGCGUCAUAGAGCCCCAUGAGGAGAUCUCCCCAGUGCAAGAUGUAGAUCAUUUCUACCGUGGGAUUUUAGAACCCGAGAAGGUGUCACCCAGUGGGAACAGUGUUGACUAUAAAUAUGGUAGCCCACCAAACUAUAAUUACUCACCAAACUAUGAAGUUAGACGUCAAUAUUUACAUCCGGAAAGGAUGAGGGAGACGGUGCUCUAUGGGGCACCCAGUAAUUUAUAUGCUGAGCAAAUUAGAAAUGACUAUCUGGAACUGAAGGCAAAGCUUCACGCUGAGCCGGACUACCUCGAAGUUCUUGAAAAACAGACCACCUGCAGUCAGUUCUGA